UUAAGAUCUAGUAAUUGUGCUAGUCCUUCAAAUCUCUGUAUUUUAAGGAUCGUUUAGGCUGCUCAGUAUUUCCUUAGAGUAGGAUACCAACUGUUGCAAGUUAUUUCCCAUAGCCAUGUGUUAAUUUACCUUUUAAAUUUUUAUUUCUUUUAGAGACAAUGGAGAGGCCUUCCUUGGAAUUUAACCUGCCUGAUACUCAUCAGGAAGGGAAACUUUAUGUAGUUGAUUCCCUAAACAACCUAAACAAGCUAAAUGUUUGUCCACCUGAAUCCCAACGUUCACUAGAUGAGGAAGAGAACACUGGUGGUACUGAAGAAAUUAUGGCAGGGAGCAACACAAGAAACCAGUGCUUCUUCUUCGUCAUCUUUAUUCUUACUUUGACCAUCACUUUGGCACUUGUUUCAUUUGUAAUAUUCUUAAUAUUUCAAACUAGAAAUGAGGUGGACCAAAUAUCAAGCAGACUACUAUCGGAAAAGAAGAACAUAGAAGAGCUGAAGAAACUUAACAAUAUUAUAUUAAAGCAUCUGAAUCAAUCCAGAAUUAUGGAAAAGCCUUCUGAUCUUCAUUAUUACUUCUUUACCCAUGCUGAGCUCAAAGUCCCUGGAGAAUGAAUCUUCUUUGGGAAGAAAUUCAGCAUAUUCGUAACUCGGAUAUUUUCACAUGUGGCACACAGAUUGCUGAAACAUGGUUGCUGAAACAUUGCUGGAAAAGCCAGCUGAAUGAAAAAUAUUAUCAAAUAGUAUUUUAUCCUGUUUUACAGACAUAGAUUUAUAAUACUAAGCCCAUAUGAUUCACGAUAAACAGUGGAUUAUCAUUUGAGGGCAAGACUUCCAGAUUCCCUGUGCAUAGUAAAUCACAGGGGUAAGGGCCUAGUUUUACUUUAAGUGUAAGUGAAUGAUCACAGAAAAUCACGAGUUCUAUUCACAUGAUUCCAGCAUGACCUUAUU